GGGAUGAAGUGUUUCAUAUAAAUAUGAAAUAUAAUUAAAGCCCACUUUGUACGCAGAUAUUUCAUUGUAUAAGUUUUAGAUUGAUAACUUCAUUUUAUUUUAGGAUGACCUGGGGACGAGGUUUAUUUGUAUAUGGAGCUAUAUAUAGUCGCACAUACACGUCAAAAAUGUCAGGUCGACGUAUGGAAAGAGAUUUUAAUCAGAUGAUAUGUGGGACAAACAUUAAGACUGAUACCUGUACAGUGCAAAAAACUUGAAAAGAAAACAAGCCUGAGUAGAUUCGAAAAACAUGCAUGUCGUACGCGUGCAUCGAAACAAAGUGGCGCUAAUACUGUUACUAACCAUGCUUCUCGUAACAACGAUGCUUCAGUCGAUACAAUUGUUGCUACAAAAUCAAGUUAUGAACGUUAGAAUCGCCAUUAAAAGAAUGUCAGACGACGCGCUGCGAGAAAACGAAAUUUUAAAACAACGCGGUGAGUUACAUAAACAAUCGAUUGAAAGUAGCAACAAAGAUGUUACAGACGGCGAGAUUUUUUCGCCACGAAAAACAAAUUCGUUGGCAAAAAAUAAAGUUGAGUUUAGUGAAAGCUUUGACUCAACAUCAACGGGGUACACACUGCUGAUAUUAACGUUCGGAGGUAUGGAACUAACAAUAUCAUUGGAUGCUUUAAACAACAACAAUGGCGUCAUUUACUGGCAUGAACCAAUGAAAAUAUGGGAAAGAAUACAUGAGCGUUGGUCAGGUAGUGACUUGAAAAUUUACAAAACUGACCCAUUGAGAAAUUUCAAGUACUCUAAUCCUAACAGCAUUGUUUAUAACAGCACAGCCGAAUUCUACAACGAACUUUUCUCGUGUCGAUUUUCAUUAAAAAUCGAACCUUUUAUCUCUGAAGCUGCGAAGAUAUGUCCGGACUUGCUAGUUCAGUCCGGUGCAAUAAGCAAGCUGUUGGGGUGUUUCCAACAAAAAGCUCAAUACACAUGCGCAGUGUCAAAAGCUACGGCAACGGAAAUGAACAAAAUGUGUAGUAUGAAAAAGCACAAUGUUAUUGUUAAGGAGAGCGAAGAGAGCUUACACAGUCUGCAGAUAUUACAUCAAAAUUUAAAAGACAACAUCAGGCGUUCUCUAAAAGUAUUACAUUUAGUUCGCGAUCCACGAGGUGUUUUAUUCGACUUUUCGCAUCAUGGUCGUGUACCUACAAAUGUAUUUAGAACUGAUUUCCGCGAACAAGUCGAAUUUGUCUGUAACCGUUUAAUUACCGAUUUCACUUUUGGCGAGAAAAAGUUACGUUUUACGAACGAAUAUGCAUUGUAUCGAUACGAAGAUGUCGAAAUAAACUUCGAAAAAAUAUUUCGUAAUGUAUUAAAAAUAAAAACAUCGCAAUCCGAGUAUAGUCGUGAAAAACGAAUAAACUAUACAAAACUUAACGCAAAUUGGUGGAGAAAAAAUAUACCAAUGCAGUUCUCCGCCUCCGUUGAAAAUAUAUGCUGGGAAAGCAUAACUUCCUUACAUUACGCUUUUGUCGGCUUGCAAGAAGAACGCAUGCGGGGAAGUGCUCCGCUGAUAGACUAGCAUGUGUAUGUUAUGUAUAAAAAUAAAAUAAAUAUAUUAGUUUCUUAGAAAAAAAUUAGGCGGUGUGAAGGAUAAUGUGCUCCCUCUCCUUAGAUAAUUUUAUUUGAACAAUGUAAAGGACUUUAGGCUUGCACUGUUAAAUUUGACUGGAAAAAGUACUUUCAAAUUAGGCGGUGAGAGAGAGAAAUCCUCUCCUUCUUAGAUAGUUUUCAUGUAAACAAUGUAAAGGACUUUUAAAACAUGCAAU